AUGGAUGUUCAAUUAUAAAAAAUAUUAGAUUCUAAUUACAAAGGCAAAACACUCUACAAUCAUUUCUGUGAAAUCUAUUACUAAAUGCAAGAGAAUAAAUACUACAAGGCAUAAAGUACCCCAUCCACCAUUAUCUUAGGUUUGUCUGAUUUCGAAGAUCUGAGCAAUUUCAUCAAAGAGAACCGAUUUUAUCAUAUACCACUUAAAACUGCUGAACAGGUUAAUAAUCUACAAGAUCAAAUAUUCCCAUGGUAAGAGUAUUGUAAAAAAUAAAUGUAACUUAUGCAAAUAAAAGCCAAAGUAAUCAAUGCCACAGUCCAGAACUUCCUAAAACUUAAUGCUCUAUUGAAUAAUGUUGGUUAUGGAUUCACAGACGAUGAUGCUUAUCUUAUCCAACAGUCUCUUAAAUCCAUUGCCAUCAGAGAUGCUAACAUUGUUAAUAUUAGGUUUUGGGGAAAACUCUUUGCAUAAGAGAGAGACUACUAUGUCAUUGAAGUUUUAUUGUCUAAAUCAUAUAAGGAGCCUCAACCUCCUGAUUGCGAUGAAAAACUUAAUGAAUAUGUUCAUUAUGUUACUCAGGACUUACUGGAGGAUUGGGCACUACUGCCUUAGGUUACCCGUAAAUAAAUGGAAGCUAGUCGAUAUAUCACUUAUGUGUUUAGUGGAAAUUUAAAUAAAGAAAUUAGUCAGUAUCCUCGAUUCGAUGGAAAGGAAAAGCAUUUGCUCAAAGCCUAAAUUUUGAGAAUAACUCAUGCCAAUCUAUUAGCACCCAAAGGGUUAUACAGAUAUGACGAAGAUACUAAAUAAAUCACUUUUGAAGACGAAUUCAAAAUGCCAGAAUCAGCAGAGCUAUCCACUAUGGAUGGCUGGGUUCACUUGCCUCCAAAUAUUUUAAAGCAAGGAAGGAUCACAUUUUAUGAAGAUCCUUCUCUAAAGGAAGAAGAGCUUAAUUAGAUGAAGGAGGCUGAUCCAGAACUUGAAAGAUUAAAGUCCAUUAAGGAUGACAAACCUUUUGAAUAAAAUGAAGGAAAUUGGAACAUUAAGAUUUUUGGAGAAACACAACAAUAUACUAAUUAGGAAGAAUUACCUUUGAGUUAUUAAAUAGUAUUAUUAAGAAAUUAUUUAUGGCCUGGUGCAAUUACUGUUAGUAAUUCAAGUGAUUUCAUUAGCAUUUAUUUUGGAUAUGGAAAUAAGAAUUAAUAAAACUCAUUUAAUCCUCUUGCUCCAAAUGAUGUUCAAGAAGAACCUGAAGAUAUCGAUGAAAUACCUGAACCCAAUCCCAGAGAAUAACCUGAUGAAUUGGAACCAGACAGUGAUGAUGAAAGAAGGAGGGAACAAGAAAGAAGGGAAGCAGAAUUACAAUAACAACAAGAAUGAUAUAUAUUUAUAUUCUAUUAAUUUGCAAGCUCUAUUGG